GCAUAACUAUGCAGAACUUGACAUUCUCUUCCACUAUCCCGCACUGUCGUGCACCCAACCUCGUCCCCAGUAGUCUACACCCUCACAUUUAUCUGUACACGACAUCUUCUCCAUGAGUGCUACAGCAUCCAUCCAACCCGUCAUCCUCCACGCUCCCCAAAUCGCCACCGCGCCGUCGGAAACAUUCCCAGACCCCUCGAUAGGCGGAAAUGUAUCGUGGAAAACGCUCAUCUCCUCGUCUACAACUCCGUCAGAUACUUUCACCGUUGGAAUCGCAACGUGCCCCUCAGGCAGCAAGGCGAGUUGCCCAUCUACUACGCCACAAAGGCCUGGGCACUUGAAACUUCAUCGCCAUACGCACGCGGAGAUCUACCAUGUCACCGCUGGGAUUGGCGUAGUUGCGAUCGAUGGGGUAGAUCAUGAGGUGAAGAAAGGGAGUGUGGUGUUUAUACCCGGGGAUGCGGAACAUGGGAUUAGGAAUGUGGGAGAUGAGGAGUUGUGUUGGUUGUAUGUUUUUGCUGCUAGGGGUUUUGGGGAGGUGGUGUAUCGAUUUAGUGGUGAUGGAGGCGGUGGUGGGGUGAUCGCUAGGCUGUAGAGCGUGUGUCAAGGAAACAAAGAUGAAAGUGCAGGUUUUGAAGAGAGAGAGACAGAGAGAGACAGAGAGAGAGAGAGAGAGGGAGAGAGAGUUGAUGUGCGUACAUGAUGAGAUGUUUGAUGGUGUGGAAGUCGAUAGCAUAGUCGAGAUAAUUGACAGUUGCAAGUAAUGGAUAUCGCUGUGGUCUUGGGUGCC